GUGAAUGUUUUAAAAAGUGCACUUCCAUGUUACUCAUCCAUGAACGUAAUUGGUCAUUGUUUAGUGCCAUCUAUUUCAUGCUUAUUGCUAUCCAGUUCAUCAUUACCCACACUCGAACCCACUCGCAUACUCGCAUUCCCACCACACACCCUCGGCCUCGGAACGCCCCCAGUUUGCGAUAUCCUGCCGCGUUGACCCAAAGCCCAGAUUCAGUACGACGGCUUUCCCCUUCCCUCUUCCCUCCCUCAUCCCAUUUGCUUGAUGAAACUUCUCCAGAUCCAUUUCCUCCUUGCCACCAAGCGCAGGGGAAGACGGCGGGUUCGGUUGGAGCUAGCUAGGGUGAGGCCGCAAUCCAUUGGCAGCUUAUCAUUCCAUUGAUUCUGCACAAGUGAGUAGCGAAGAGAUGGAAGGAGUCCUGGUGAGUGCCGCCACGGGGGUCCUGAAAUCCCUCCUCUGCAAGCUCGCCGCACUGCUGGAGGGGGAGUACAGGAUGCACAAGGGCCUGCGGCGCGACAUCGCCUUCCUCAAGGAUGAGCUGAGCAGCAUGAAUGCUCUCCUGGAGAAGCUGGCCGAGGCGGAGGCUCUCGACACGCAGCUCAGGGAGUGGAGGGACCAAGUGAGGGAGAUGGCCUAUGAGAUCGAGGAUUACAUCGACAGGUACAUGAAUCACCACGUCCACCGUGAUCCGGACAAGCCUAACGCCGUCAUGGAGCUCUUUUGGAAGGGCGUCUGCAAGGUGAAAAGCUUUGGAGCUCACCAUGAGAUGGCGGUGCAAAUCAAAGAACUCAAGUCCCGCAUCAUCGAGGCAAGUCAGCGCCGUGACAGGUACAGGCUUGACGCGAUGGUCUGUUCUGCGAGCUCCAAUGCUGCGCGCACCGACCCUCGGUUGCCUGCCCUCUUUGUGGAGGGAGCCAGCCUUGUUGGCAUUGAUGGUCCAAAGGAUGAGUUAAUUAAGUUGGUCACGGAUGAGGAGCUCGCACUGAAGGUUGUUUCUCUCAUAGGCUUUGGAGGGUCAGGGAAGACAACUCUUGCUAAUCAAGUAUACCAAAAAACUGGUAAACUGUUCAAUUGCCAAGCUUUUGUGUCGGUGUCGCAAAAUCCUGACAUAAGAAAGAUUUUGCGGUCCAUGCUCUCUCAAAUAAGAAAGGAAGACUCUCCCAUUUCUCGAUCGAGCGAUGAGGCGUGGCUCAUCAACUCAAUGAGAAAUUUCUUGAAGGACAAGAGGUAUCUUAUAGUAAUUGAUGAUAUAUGGAGUAUCCAAGUGUGGAAGACUAUCAAGUGUGCCUUGCUUGAAAAUUCCUGUGGUAGUAGAAUAAUAGUGACAACACGAAAUGUCAGUGUUGCCAAGUCAUGUUGCUUCCCUCGCCUUGACCUUGCAUAUGAAUUAAGGCCUCUGACUGAAGCUGAUUCGAAAAUCUUGUUCUUUACAAGAGUUUUUGGCUCUGUGGAAAAAUGCCCACUUCACCUGAAUGAAAUUUCAACUGAGAUCAUAAAAAAGUGUGGUGGUUUACCAUUAGCAAUCAUCACAAUUGGUAGUUUGUUGACCACAAAAUCCGAUAGCAGAGAAGACUGGAUCAGGGUUCGAAAUUCGAUUGGUCGAGGACUUGAGAAAAACCCUCAUGUGGAGGAAAUGGAAAGGAUUUUAUCACUUAGCUAUAAUGAUCUUACUCUCCAACUGAAGACCUGCCUGCUGUAUUUAAGUAUGUAUCCGGAAGAUUAUGAGGUCCAAAUGGAAGAUUUGGUGAGGAGGUGGAUAGCAGAAAGAUUUGUUAAGGUUGUUGGUGGGAAAAAUUUAUUUGACACAGGAAAAGAUUAUUUCUAUGAACUGAUAAACAGAAACAUGAUACAACCAACAUAUAUCAACUAUGAUGGUCAAGCAAUGGCAUGCCGUGUGCAUGAUAUGAUCCGUGAUCUCAUUAUAUCCAAGGCAGUGGAAGAAAAUUUUAUCACUUCUAGUGGUCAUCAAACACAUAGCCUGGUUUCACAGCAUAAAGUUCGCCGACUCUCGAUUGACUACCGUGGCCUAGAAAAUGUGAAGACAGUGUCAUCCAUGGUCACUGCUCAUGUUCAAACCCUUGGCGUCUUUGGAUGUACUGAUCAAGUACCUCCCCUUUCGGAAUUUCCGGCCCUGAGAAUGCUUGCUCUAGACAGGAGUGAGGAGUUGGAAAUUGGUUAUCUUAAAAAUAUAACAAAGUUGUGUCUGUUGAGGUACCUGCGGAUUGAAGGAAGCUGCAUUACAGAACUCCCUGAACAGAUCGGAGAUCUACAGUGUUUGGAGAUGCUGGAUUUAAAUGGUACUGGUAUAAGGGAAUUGCCAGCAAGUAUUGUUCAGCUGCUGCAACUGAAACUGCUACUUGUUGAUGGCGCAAAACUACCACAUGGCAUUGGGAACAUGCAAGGCCUAGAGGAACUGUCAUGCGUAACUGUGGACGACAGUACCUCAAUCAAUCUCUUGCAGGAGUUGGGAAGUUUGACUAGAAUGAGAAUUCUUGGCCUGAAGUUGUGCAUGAGCGCACAUAAGACAAGCACAAGUUAUGUGGAUAGAUUGGUUUCAUCGCUUGGCAAACUUGGGAGCUCUCAGCUUGAGCGUCUGUUCGUCAAAACGGAUGGCCGUUUGAUUGACAUUCCAGUUGGUUCUUGGUCGCCGCCUCCCCGUCUCCUGCAGGAGCUAAUCACCUCUGAUUUGUGUCUCUGUCAGAUACCUGAUUGGAUGGCCUCAAUGGCCAGCCUCACCUGCCUUCAAAUCGGCGUUAAUCAAGUGACGCAGGAGACCCUUCUCGUGCUUGGUGGUUUGCCUGUCUUGUUAUCUCUGACGCUGAACUCCUCACAAAAUGCUGAACCCAAACAAAGGCUCGUGGUCAGCAACAACAUGUUCCGAUGCCUGAAGCGGUUCCUCCUCUAUUGUGAGGUGGGUCUUCUGACGUUUGAAGCCGGAGCCAUGCCAAAACUCAAAGCGCUCGAAUUUCAGAUUGUGGCGCUCGAAGCGAAAUCUGCGUGCAUCGCUCCCGACCUUGGCAUCAGCAACCUCUGUGCCCUUAGUGAUCUCUGCAUCUGGAUUGACUGCCAGGGUGAAAAGGCCGAGGAGGGGGUUCACGAGCUGGAGUCUGCAAUCAGGGUUGCGGCCAGCCUACUUCCCAACCGUCCUACACCGUAUUUCCAUAGGUUGUAUUGAGGCGGAGAUGAGAACGACUGAUGCAGCGUAAAGCCCAACCCAGAUUGUCUGGAUCUACUACGCUGUAUCACUUCUUCCUAUUUUAUCAUGCUGGGUCUGACAAUCCAAGAAGCUAUCUAGGGUUUCUGUAAAGAAUUAUUUUCAUCUCAUAACUCUUGAAUAUAGAUUUCCCCAUCGCCCUAAA